AUGGCUAAAAUCGGUGCAGCAUGUGUUCUUCUGGUUUGUCUGUGGCUCAGGGCGAGCACUGCCCUGCCAGCGUUUGAAGAUGACCGGGAAUUGGAUAAAGAACUCUAUAUCCGCCAGCUUGCCGAAUGGCUUGCUGAUCAGUCGACAGAUUUCUUAAACGAUCUGACCAGCUUUCCACCAUGUAGACCGUGUAGCUACGAACAUCGACAACCAAUAGCCGUUGUCCCGAGGGCACCGUACGCGAAACGUAACUCCGAGCUAAUAAACUCGCUGCUAAGCCUUCCGAAAACGAUGAAUGAUGCCGGCAAGUAA